CUCUGUGCAGCCUGGGGCGCUGGGGGACUCUGCUGCAGCUCUUCCUGCACCAUGAAGGAGACUCUGUUCAAGGGGAACUUCUGGAGUACCGAUUUAACGAGCACAGUUGGCUACGACAGCAUCAUUCAACAUCUGAAUGAUGGCAGGAAGAACUGCAAGGAAUUUGAAGACUUUCUGAAGGAAAGGGCAACUAUAGAAGAAAAAUAUGGCAAAGAGCUCAUUAACCUGACAAAGAAGAAGCCCUGUGGGCAGACAGAAUUGAACACCCUGAAGAGAGCUCUUGAAGUUUUUAAGCAACAGGUAGAUGGCGUAGGGCAGAGUCACAUUCAGCUGGCCCAGACCCUUCGGGAAGAGGCAAGGAAGAUGGAGGACUUCAGGGAAAAGCAAAAACGUCAUCAGAAAAAGCUGGAGCUUGUGAUGGAUGCUAUUCAUAAAAAUAGGAAUUUGCAGUACAAGAAAACAGUGGAGGCAAAGAGGCUGUAUGAGCAGCGAUGCAGGGAUAAAGAUGAAGCGGAACAGGCCGUGCACCGCAAUGCAAACCUUGUAACACAAAAGCAACAAGAAAAGCUGUUUGUAAAGUUGGCUCAGAGCAAGUCAGCUCUGGAAGAUUCUGACAGGCAAUAUCAGCUGAAUGUUGGUGCGCUUGAGAAGAUCAGGGAAGAAUGGCAGAAUGAACACACCAAAGCCUGCGAGUUCCUUGAGAGCCAGGAGUACGAACGGAUAAACUACUUCCGCAAUGCGCUGUGGCUACACCUUAACCAGCUCUCUCAGGAGUGCGUCCAGAGUGAUGAGAGAUACGAAGAAACCCGGCGGAGUCUAGAAAUGUGCAGCAUCGAGAAGGAUAUCGAAUUUUUUGUCAAUUUCCGUAAAACUGGAAGUAUGCCCCCAGCUCCUGUGAUCUAUGAAAAUUACUAUAACACACAAAGAAAUACAACUUCAACAAGAAAUCAGGCCCCAGCACCUGGGAUAGGGAGGAGAGGACCAUUACCAAUCCCUGUGAGUGGGCCAGGUGACCCUGAUUACGCUACGAUUGAUGGUUACAGUUUAAUACAUCACUAGCCUGAGCUGGUCUCAAAGCUGCUUGCCCAGUAGUGCCACUGAGUGCAAAAAUUAGUCGUCUGAUCCACCCAUCCGAGACCGUGUAUUCAGUUGCAAUUCCAGCAUCGGGCCCAGUGAUACAGCAUGGAACUGUUUCUUCUUUUAAAAAAUAUUUUGAAACUUUAGGGUAAUUAUUUUGUAUGUUUUGAGGAUCCACACAAGGUCCAACAAGGUCCCUCUUCCUUCACGGCGACAAACUACACAGGCUGAUGUCCUAUUUUCAGGGUCAGAAAGGAGGACGUUGAAUCUCUGAAUAAUAUUCGCUGAUCCAAUGGAAUCUUCCCUAUCAAUAAGAGAGGCUUGUGUUCUGGUGUUGGUGGCAGUUCUUUGUGAUGUGCAAACCUCAACAUCUGUGUGGAAGACUCUAAAGGAUUUAAAAAAAAAAAAAAAAAGAAUCUCUGCUCACCAUGACGACUGAGAAUUCACAUGUGCCACCGUCGUGCUGCCAAUGGGAAUCAUGUGCAGUGCUUUGGGCAUGCCGGGGCGUGUGCAUAGUACACAGGUCACAGUAAGGUUUGGGUCUGGUACGCUUGAUUUUCACCAGGGUGAUUAAGAUCAUAGCCUAGCCCUAAUUGUGGGAGUGCUCAUUAGACUGCUUACUCAUGGCAACGCUGAGAGUUAGAACUUGAGAGGUAUUUAUAUGGCUGUACUGUGCAUUUGCUCCAGGCUACGCAGUGACGUUGGAAGAAGUUGAUUCAUAUCCUGUCUCUAUCUAUCAUGCUUCAGGAGCCUGUUUGGAUGACAUGAAUGGUCCAUUGACUUCAAUAUGGGUUCUGAUGAGAGGAAGGUGAACAAGUUAUGGCCCUUCAGUAGUUACCUACCUCCCUUCCCGGGUUCUACUGUGUCAUAGCAGUACAAUAUAAAACCAUCCUUGCAGGUCCAGGCCGCUGCCCCCUCCAUUCUUCUUGAAUAACUGGAGGACAUGAGCUGGCCCCCCGGAGAGGUACAUCCAAAGGCAGGGCUUGCCGCUGUUCAACUACCCACCACUUAGCCUGCCCUCGACAGAUUCUGCAAACUCCAAUCAGGCUAAUCUCUGUGAGCAGCUGGACUCUUGGGUGCAUUUUUUUGACCAGCACCCAGAGUCAGAACCUCCUGAGGUUUUGCCCAUUGGAGGACAGUGUCAGCUGCUUCUUCUAUCUUUUGUGUUCCACUGUCCAAUACGCUUGAAAAUAAAAGAAAUAAUAUUUUCUUAUUGCCUUUUCCUGUCUCCAUUUAGCAAACCUUUCCCCAUGCCCCCCAUUUCUUGGGGUCUGAUCCUGCUCCCAUUGAAGUCAAUGGCAGAAUUUCCAUUUGUUAUCAAUGUUGUGGGAUCUGGCUCUUUCGUUUCUAAUAAAGCACAAACUAACUCGGUUACUGUUGUUGGCCUCACUGCAAAGCUCAUUUCCUGACCAGAACUUCCCCAGCCUUCAUGUCCAUGUCCAUCUCCAUUGGCUGUUACCUGUCAGGUGCACAGACACUGAUGAAGUCUGCCCAUAUGUGUGUAGCUCUUGAUGCGAGCGUGUGCAGGUUUUAAUUUCUUGCUGUAGAGGAACAGGGAUGAUUCUGCAUCAAAUUGUGUCUGAGCUAUGUGUGAUUUUGUACAAACCUAGGGAAUGUCGCUUUGUUUCCUUGUGUGGGAAAGACCCCAAUGUGAUAAGUGAGAUUUGAAUUCUGCCCUGCUACAUUUUAAUGAUCUGUAGGAAAUGCACAAUUAGAGGAAUACGUUGUCUUAUAAAAAAAAAAACUUUAAAUAUCCUGAUAUAAUUUUAUAUUGUAGAUUAUUUUUAAUCUCAAUCUCUCUCUAUCUAUAUUUAUUUCAGAUUUGAGGCUUGCAUACUGAACAUGUAAUUAUAUAUGCUCUAAAAUAAACUUCAAGCUGGGGGGUGAAUUUGCUCCUCUGUCCUGCAUGUAAAGGCCUGGACAGACGGGUUAUAACCACAAGUACAAUGUGCAGGCAGGAGGCAUUGAAGAUUACAGAGCUCUGCUACUGCACCUGUUUUCCUGAUCUAACCUCUCUCUGCUCUGCCAGUCCCACUCCUCCCUUUGGAUCUUGGUCCUACACUACAGCCCACUACUCUUUCAAAUCUCACCCCCCCCCAAGAGUUAUAAAUUAAUGGAGAUAUCCCAUCUCCUAGAACUGGAAGGGACCUUGAAAGGUCAUCAAGUCCAGCCCCCUGCCUUCACUAGCAGGACUAAGUACUGAUUUUGCCCCAGAUCCCUAAGUGGCCCCCUCAAGGAUUGAGCUCACAACCCUGGAUUUAGCAGGCCAAUGCUCAAACCACUGAGCUAUCCCUCCCCCCCUAUCAAUGUUUCCCAACCCAAUCGAUCUGAAGUAUUAAUUGAGCGCUGGUCAUUGUAGCAUGUAAGUGCUGGUCUGUGUUCCUCUUCUGCUGGGCCUUUGAUGCAAACUUGCCAAUGCAGCACAACCCUCUAUGCUAUUCCAGUCCUGGGUCUCCAAAACCAUUCGGCCAGUGCACCUCAAUGCUCACCUUGAGCUUGUUGGGGUAUAGACUUCUGCUUUCCUCCCGUUCUGGAAUGCGAAGCCACUAGCACAUAUACUGUGUCUAUUCCAGUGCAAGACCACCUACAGAUGUAUGGAACUUCAGUGACUGGCUCUCCAUAUAUGAUGGCCCAUUGGGCAGACUCUGUUUUUUCUCUUGCCUCCGUUUGGGGAGGGAGUGGGGGUGGGAAACUGAUACCACAGGUUCCUGUAAAUGCAAGUGAAGCCCUGACUUUAAUGUGGUUGAAAAUGAUGAUAUAACACUCAUUGAAUUUAAACAGCGGUUCUCCCUCUUUUCCAUCCUAGGCCCCCUUCCCAUCUAGCUGAAAUCUCCAUUUAGCAACAUGGGAAGGAUGGGGUGAUGGUGAUCCCAACAUUUGUUUGUGACAGUCCCUAUCCCUGUUCUAGUAGUUGCAGCUCCCAAGAUGAGAACCCCUUAUUUAAAAGAAGCCAGAAGCUGAUCAAGCCUGGAUUUCAUUUGUAAAUCCAGACCACAGAGCAUUAAAAGAACAAACAGGUAAAGUGCAGAUGAGAAAAUAUAUCAUUUAUCAUUGUAUUGUUACAAAUGCACACCAGAAUAGAUGAUACCACCUAGCACUUAUGUAGUGCUUUUUCAUCAUUUGUUCUCAAAGUUCUUAACUAAGGAGAUCAGUAUAAUUAUUCCCAUAACAACUUGAUCAGUCACCUAGCAGGUCAGUGGUACAGACAGGACUAGAAUCUAGGUCUCCUGAGUUCUAGUCCUGCAUUCUCUCCACUAGGCCACACAGUCCAGCAUGAGAGAGAAUUGGUAGUAGUGACCAAAUGUUACUUCCAUCUGAAAGAUGUAGAAAGAGAAUUGACCCCAGAUCUACAGCUAGGGCCUUUCAUUAGAGAUUACUGGGAUGGCAGAAUAGUAAGGUCAGGAGCAUAGUCUAAGAACUAGUACUCAGAAGCAUAUUGUACAAGAAGCUCCUUUUCUCUGCUGGGAUUUCCAGGUUGACUCAGGGCAGUAGAUGGUCUUCGUUUGUUUCUUGCCUCCAAAAACUGCAGCUCAAUAACUUUCAAAGUGGUGCACUGCGUUUUAGGCACAUAACUCACCAUAACUUUAAUGGAAGUCAUGCAGCUAAACCCACGUGCAUCACUUGAAAAAUGGAGGGGUUAAAAUGCAGCCCCAUAUUAGUUGCCCAGGAGUGACGCUCCUAUCUCAGUUCUGAACGUAGGGAGAGCGAUUAUUUACUUAUUUAGUUGACAGCAGGACUCCAAUAAAGAAGUGCUUUUCAAAAGGAUCUUUUGAGUUCAGAGUGUAGUUAAUCACAGGGCAAUGUCAUGCACAUUUGAAAUGUGGAUCGCUUCACUUGUAUUUGCUCUCUGAUUUAAAGAAGCCAGUCCUGAAAGCAAAAGCAAAAAGUACGAGUAUUCUGCCCAGCCAAUCUUAAAGAGAAAGAAAGCAAGCUGCCACCAAAAAUCAAGGUUCUUCUCUGAGUUGUCUUAGAGAGUGUCUAAAAUCACUUCAAAAUUACUAGGUCAGUACUCCCUAGGUAAAAGAGGAAGGUGUGAAACCACUAGCAAUGCAAUAUUGAGUUCAAAAAGAACAGGAGUACUUGUGGCACCUUAGAGAC